AUGUACUCCGUCCUUGGCUUGCUGAUGUCUCUUCCAUUCAUCCUGCAUGACAUCUCGUGCCUUGAUUGUCCUUCAACGUACACGCAAACGAACUUCAUACUCAAGCACCAUGUUCUGUCGUCAACAACGGUGAAGAACUACCAAGAAUGCUACGAUAAAUGUGCAUCUACCACGGAUUGCCAUAGCAUGAAUUUCUAUGACAGGAGCCAAAGAUGUGAGUUGAACAAAGGCAGUCACUUGUCCAAUCCUGUUGACUUGGUUUACAAUGAACAAGGCACUUAUUCGGUGCAUGAUAGUCGGUCUGUGGCGACGUGCAGUGACAAAUAUUGUAGUACUGAUACCAUUUGUGUGAUGAAAAGUAACAACUUCGAAUGCAAAGAUUGUGCUUUUGCAUUUGGAAUGGGAGUUGAUUCAAGGAAGAUCCCAAACUCGGCGAUAACUGAGUCUUCUACGGUGAGGUCUGGACACGAGCCUUGGAGAGGACGACUUAAUAACUUCCCCAACACCACACCUUACAAUGUUGGCGUUGAUGCGGGGUGUUGGUCAGCAGGGUCUAACACUGCAGGAGAGUACUUACAGGUGGACUUGGGUCACGUGGUAUACGUUACUAUGGUAGCAACACAAGGGAGGCCAUAUGGUUAUAAACAGUAUGUGAGAAAAUACAGCCUGGCUUAUAAAAACAGCGACAACUCGUUUGUGGAUUACAAAAUAGCAAACAAUGUAAAGAUCUUUCAGGCGAACACUGACAUGACAACGAUCGUAACCCACAGGCUUCCCGAGAAGAUAAAAACCCAGUACAUCAGAUUUGUUGCCAGAGAAUGGUAUGGCCAUAUUUCAAUGAGAGCCGAAGUCUAUGGAUGCCAAAUUCCUGUCUAAUUAUGGAAACCCAAGUGUA